CUUUAAUAAAUCACUCUUCUUUCGCCGUAUCAACUUCUGAAUCAUAUUUAUGCCACUGUACCGGAUGUAAACUUGCAGGUGACGUAUUUUCCUGUACCUUAAUGUUUGGGUCUUCAUUCGAGACACGGAAGCCACCUACAAAGCUGUUACCUUACGCUCUGAAAGCACAACAGAACCGGAAAACAUUACAUAAAUGGUUAUAAUUUAUUUAUAAAGGACGCAAUUAAAGAACCGUUGCACUGGAUUUGACAAUUAACGUCACUGUAAUUUACUCGGACACCGUUUAGACUGCUUGCUAGCUUGCUCUUUAGCUAGCCAUCUGGCAAGAUUGUCGCUUGCUAACGUUAGCAGUUGGUUACCGUUAGCAAGUUGGCAAUGGCUGUGGCGUACAGAGGUUGUGUUUUGGCUGGAUAUUUACUCCUACUACAGCUGGCUGGGUGCAAGGCGAGAAUACACUCGCUCACACUGGAGAGUGAAACUCGGUUUGCUGUUGACCUCAACACCUUCGGUUUCUAUGCCAAUGGGACUCUGGAUGUCAACCUGGUUUCUCUGCGCCUUCCAGACCAGCCGGUGAACUACAGUACUUACCCUGUUGGUUUCAGCCUCUCCAGGUCACGUGUGAAUGGAGUCCUGUCUUACACUGCAACUGAGCCAGAUACAUGCCCACUAACUAACACAAAGGAUAACAACAGCGAGCCUCUCAUUCUUUUCCUUAUGGAUUUCAAAGCACGCAGAGUCAAUGUGAAAUCUAUCGGUAACCAAGACAACCUCUUGAGAGCAAAGCCAAAGGCUGAAGCGCCUAAAGGUCUGAGGAAAACCAGGGAUGAACCUGCCAAUGACAAUAAGUUGAAUAAGGACGAGAAGGAUAAUAAGCCUGUGGAGCCAAAUAAUGAAGUUGCGAAAGAAGAAAAGUCGGAAGUGGAAGAACCUGAAAUCCAGCUUGGGAACAACAAAGAACUGACUUUGGCUUUGGACAAAGUUAAUGGCGCCUACAACUUCACGUUCCACAUGGUGGUCGGCUUGCUGGCGGAGGGUCUCUACACCCUCAAGUUCUACUACUGCCGGAACAGGAUACCUGGAAACAAAUUGCCCUACUCGUUCUCUGUGGAAGUGACAGAGGAGAAUCCCGGUGGCUACCUGUCUGCAGCAGAAAUCCCUCUGUCUCGCCUUUACAUUUGUAUGGCUGGAGUCUUCUUCAUUGCUGCCAUGGUCUGGGUGUAUACACUCAUGAAGCACAGAUACAGCGUGUUUAAGAUCCAUUGGCUGAUGGCAGCACUGGCCUUCACCAAGGCCACAUCAUUGGUUUUCCAUAGUAUCAACUAUCACUUCAUCAACACCAAGGGGCAUCCUAUUGAAGGCUGGGCCGUCAUGUAUUAUAUCACACACCUGCUCAAGGGGGCACUCCUGUUCAUCACACUGGCACUGAUUGGCACCGGCUGGGCAUUCGUUAAAUACAUCCUGUCUGACAAGGAAAAGAAGAUCUUCAUGAUCGUCAUCCCUCUGCAGGUCCUGGCUAAUGUCGCCUUUAUCAUCAUCGAGUCUACGGAGGAAGGCUCCAGUGAAUAUUAUCUGUGGAAGGAGAUCCUCUUUCUGGUUGAUCUCAUCUGCUGCGGAGCCAUCCUUUUCCCUGUUGUCUGGUCCAUCCGUCAUCUACAGGAGGCUUCUAGCACCGACGGCAAAGCCAUGAAUUUGGAGAAGCUCAAGCUCUUCCGGCAUUAUUAUGUCAUGAUUGUGUGUUAUAUCUACUUUACAAGGAUCAUAGCCAUUCUGCUAAAGGUUACUAUGCCUUUCCAGUGGCAGUGGUGCUAUGAGUUUCUGGUGGAGGUGUCUACUCUGAUCUUCUUUGUGUUGACGGGCUACAAGUUCAGACCAGCGUCCGACAACCCCUACCUUCAGCUUCCCCUGGACGAGGAGGACGUAGAGAUGGAUGAAGUAAUGACUGAGUCCGGUGCACUGGAGGGCAUUUCCAAAGUCAAGAAAACCUGUAACGGACGUGAACGCCAGAAAGAGUCCACCUUGUGAGUGGGAAGCUGCAUCUUUGGGGGAGGAGGACCCACUACACAUCCCCAGGCCAGCUGGUACAAAGGGGUGCACACGGACCAAGGCUCCCCAUCCCCACUGACGGCUUUCCUUUUGAAACUCUUAGAGUGGUUGCAGUGGUCGUGUCCACUGUCUGGCUAUGCAAAAAAAUAAUAAUAAAAAGACUGACUUUGUUGGACUCACUCCAUUCCCUCGGAACACUCCACCCAGAAACUCUGAAAGGUUUUUCGGAAGGAGACGAGCUCCUGUCACAUGGAUUGGUGGAGACAUGGAAAGGAGCUCUGAUGUUCUUUAGUUUUCAUUUCUCUCUCUCCCUCCCUCUCUCUCUCUUUCUUUGUUUCUUGUUUCUCCAAAGAUAAUUAUAAUUUUAAAGAAUGACUUGCUUUUGGGUAUAUUUAUAUUUGCUAUUUAAAAAGGUACUUCUGCAAGCCUCUUAGUUUUACCUUUCUGUGUGGGGUGUGAGUACAGGUGUGAAUGUGAGACAAAACAAGUCUUAGACACUAACUCUUUUUUUUGUUUUCUUUCCUUUGGAGACAAUAUCCCGUACUCGGGUAAAAGGCUAAUUGGUAUAAAAUGUAGGCAACUAUUUUAGUUGAUUCUUCUUCCCACUAUUAAAGCAGUCAGCAAUGGCCCAUCAGUCUUUAUACAAAUGAUAUAUUCAUCACCACAUACAGUACGGUAUAUGUUACUAUUUUCCCCAUAUGUAUGAUUUGUAUAUUGAAAUAUAUAGAAGAGGUUGUAUAUUUCAAUAUAUUCACUUAUUGCAAAUUGAAUUUUUUUGAUUUCAGUAUUAUUGUUUAUGUUGGAGAGCUAAGGUUUCUUCCCAGUCCGUCACAUGGACCGCUGCUGUAAUUUACUGCUUUAGUGGUUGAGGUCAACUCCCAUCUCUGUGAAUUGAGCCCGGAUGGUGACACGUGGGUCUCUUAAUGAAUGAAGAGGUUGUUGGUUCAGUCUCUGUUCAUAUGGCCAGAGCAGUGGUCCUGUUUGUGUUCAAUGACGGCCUUGUUGUUUUUUGUUUUUGGCCACGCUGUGCAGAUCUGGACAGAGGAGUGACCCAACUGAUCAUUUUUGCUCAUCUGCUUUAGUUUUACCUUCUUGCUCUUGAUGUGAAGUUUAUUUUAUUAAUUAUUGAUGGCCUAUUGGUGAAAGAUCAGAAAACGUGUGUGGCCGGUCUGGUAAGACGGCCAUUUGUAAAUAAUUGACUGUUGAUUCAAAAGGAGGCACAAGACGUGACAUGCAUAAAAGAAGAACUGCAUAGAGGUUUUAUAGACAGUAAUGACAAAGGUUCGGUCUGAAUGAAAUGUUUUGUAUUCCCUUAAACCGAGGGAAGAAGUAAAUAUGAGGAAUAAAGGAAAGAGUACUGAGAUUUUACCCCAGACUCUCCUGUACUAGUAUGACAGAGCUAUACAGGGUUUAUAAAAUGUGUCUCCAGGCUGUUGCGUCGCGUACCCGGGAGGACUGGUAUUAACUGCCAGUAAACAGCUGAGGAGAAAAGGUUUUUUGCUUGUUACAGAGGGCUGUUUGGUGUGUGAAUUGUCACAAUAAAGCUGUUGUCCUGGAAAGGUCUCAAACAAA